AUGUCCGAGGAGAAGUCGGAAAUGGCAAACCCUGCACUAGUCGAAAUGGCCGGACCCUCGACAUCCGGCGAACAGCAGCAGGAGCAACAGGUCCCCCCACAAGGUGGAGCAACAGGCGAAGCUAAAGCCCCGGAAUCUGCCAAACCCAAACACCUCGUUGCAGCCCCGAAGAAGCACCGCCAACGAUUCUUGCCGAUAAGCCGCACCCUGGAGCUGCCACCUCUGAUCCUGGAACACACCAGCCUGGAGUCGGUGCCGCAGCACCUGGAGAAGCUAAUGGAUCAGUACAAGGACGGCAAGUACCCGCCGGCUCCCGAGCUGCUUCUCCUGCUGAUUUACCUGCUGGCUCUGGAGUCGGGCUUCGCGGAGGAGGAGACGUACAUGCAGAAGAGGCACCGCCUGGAGCCGGUGGCGACCUUCAGCAGCUUCCAUGCCCGCAACGUCCGGCUGCUGAGUGAACAGCCCGCCAACUACACGGUCAGCUUCAACGACACCAUGUACUCGAUGCGCCUGCGCACCCUGCUGGACAAGCACGCCUCGGAGGGCGCCGCCCUGGUGGCCGCCCUGCAGUCCCGCCUGACGGCCAUCACCGUGGGCGACCAGCUAAUGGUGACCCUCUCCCCGGCGCCCAGCUCCAACCUGCCCGGCUACAGCAUCAGCCUCUCGAUCGGCCGCUACGUGCUCAACGUCCAGUCGAAGACGAAGCCCAUCCACCACCGGUUCCGCAAGCUGGACGAGCUCUCCUUCCAGCUGAAGAACAACGUCUUCCAGCCGAUGCGGUCGCAGCAGCUCAUUCAGAUGGCCCAGACGCUGCAGCCCUCUCUCCUGGGACUGCCCGAGGAGCUGUACGAGGAGAUCUUCGUCUACCUGAAUCCUCAGCAGAUGAAGGUGGUGUCGCAGGUCAACCGGCAGCUCAACUACUACAGCACUCAGUCGAAGAGACUCAAGGGGGGGAGGAAAUAAAUUUCCAUGAAAUUUA